UGGCAGGCCGCAGGAUGGUGUCGAAUGGAACUUGAAAGAGUACGUAGUCAGGCAGUCAAUAACAAUAACACAGCACAAAGCUCGUCGAUCGCAAAGAAAGAAUAACAUCAUAUAAAAUAUUUAUUCUUCUUUUGCAUGAGACUGCAUACUCAUUAUUAAUUCCACCUUAAAUCAAUCUCAUUUGAUUCUCUUAAUUUCAAGAAUAUACAUAUAACCAAUUCUUGACCUCUCAUCAUCUCAUAUAUCAUGAAUUAUUCGACACCUCAAAAGGAAGAUAUUUUUCGAACGUAUAUGUAUGAUUACCUGAAGAAGCGAGGAAUGUUAUACGUGGCUGAAGUUUUCCGAAUUGAAGCCCUUGUUACUAGACAUCCUCCCUUUGAAUUUAAUCAACAUCCACAUGGAUUCUUGCAUGACUUUUGGAUUUUUAUCCAAAAUGGUAUUUUUAGCCCUAGCCUACAAAUGCCUCUUGGAUCCUCCAAUCAGGCCCUAAAUAUUGGUACAAUACCAACGCAGCAGAAUGGUAUUCAGAAUGGUUUUGUACCUACUAUACCAACGCAGCAGAAUGAUGUUCAGAAUGGUUUUGUACCUGUAAAUGUUGGUACAAUACCAACGCAGCAGAAUGGUGUUCAGAAUGGUUUUGUACCUGUAAAUGUUGAUCCUAUACCAACGCAGCAGAAUGGUGUUCAGAAUGGUUUUGUACCUGUAAAUGUUGGUGCUAUACCAACGCAGCAGAAUGGUGUUCAAAAUGGUUUUGUACCUGUAAAUGUUGGUGCUAUACCAACGCAGCAGAAUGAUGUUCAGAAUGGUUUUGUACCUAUAAAUGUUGGUACUAUAACAACGCAACAGAAUGGUGUUGUACCUAUUAAUGUUGGUAGUGUACCAAAAUUAAAUUCUCUACCGCAGCAAUAUGACGGUGUAGCUAGAAAACUAGGUACUGUACCAAGAUUAGAUUCUCUACGGCAACAAUAUGGUGUUGUACCUAAAAAUGUUGGUACUAUACAACAAUCAAAUCCUCUACCGCAGCAAUAUGAUGUUGUACCUGUAAACCCUAGUACUAGACCAAGAUUAGAUUCUCUACGGCAGAAGUAUGGUGUUGUAACUAAAAAUGUUGGUACUAUACCACAAUCAAAACCUCUACCGCAGCAACAUGAUGUUGUACCUGCAAACCCUAGUACUAGACCAAGAUUAGAUCCUCUACUGCAGCAGUACGGUGUUGCACCUGUAAAGGAUCCAGGUCCUACUAUAUGGGACACUAACUUUCAAAGACAUGGAGAAAAAUUUUCUGUUAAAUUCCUCAGUGGUUUUGAUACCAAUGACUCGCUUUCGUCCUGCGAUUUUUCGUCAGAUGGAAAGAUUGUGGCAAGUGGUGGGUUAGGGAAGAAGGCAAUAAUUUGCUACAUGGAUACUAGUGAUUGUGUUACUACAUCACAGUCACAUUCAGCUCCCAUCUCAGAUGUUAGAUUUCAACAAAAAACAACCAUAUUUGCAACCUGUUCCUAUGAUUACAAAGUAAAAUUAUGGAAUUCAAACAAACCUGGAACAGUAUUGUUUGAUCUUGUUGGACAUAAUGAAUGGGUAAAGUCAAUGGACUUUCAUCCAUUAGAAGCAAUUCUUUGCUCAUCUGAUAACUUUGAUGUACUUGAAGUAUGGGAUCUCAUUCAGUGUGUUAGGCUGAAAAACUUUCUCGUAGGGGGACAACAAGUAAGAUUUGAGCCUGUGUUUGGAAAGACUUUGGCGGUUGCUAAUGGAAAUGUUAUCAACAUACUUGAUAUUCAGUCUUGGAGAAUUCAAAACCGUUUUCAAGGACAUGACAAAGAAGUUCGUUCCAUCUGUUGGGAUGCACAGGGGCAAAUGGUUGCCUCUGUCACUGAAGAUUGUGCACGAGUCUGGUCAAUUGCGGUCCGUGGAAAAUGCAUGUUUGAGUAUCAAUCAAAAGGGAAGAGGUUUGGAUCCAUCAUAUUCCAUCCUAGAUACCCUGAUGUACUAGUUAUUGGUGGUGCUUUGAACAUGGAAUUGUGGAUUCCUGAGACAGGGCAAGUAUAUCUUUUUCCUGCACAUAGUGGACAAAUCACUGGAUUAGCAGCUUGUAAGCAAAAUGAAACUAUUGCAUCAUCUAGCAGUGACUCUACUGUGAAAAUAUGGAAAUGAAGUUCCAGUUUGUCUUUGUUUCUUGGUGUAAAUUUCCUUCCCUGCUUUAGGUUUUAGGAUUUGUUAGAUAAUUUUUCUGUAAAUGCAAAAAUUUGUUUGUAGCUAGUCAUAUAGUGAAAGAAAUUGUUUGGCUGUAGACUGAGGCCAGGCCGCCAUCUACUGUAGACAGUAGACAUGUAAUCAAAUUAAAUAUGUUACAUGUAAGAAACUUAUAUUCUUUGAUGUAAA